AUGACGGGCCCAUCGGUCAAUACGAUGGGCCUCUUUUCAGGGGAUCACGAAAUUACGCAGGCACGAUCGUGGUGGACUGCAGGCGAGGCCUUUCUCAAAUGCCAACUGGACCACCCGCGCCCCCAGGAGUUGGACAAGUACAUGACUACAGCGACCAGUUUAGGGACUAUGGCGUCUCUCAUGUUGGCGGAGAGAAAGACAGCAUUCUUCUACCGCCAAUUACGGCAUUCACCCUCAAAACCAAACAGUGGUGUAAGCAUAGACCCUUCACCAUCAAACAUCCCGACUGACUUCCAACCCCCCGAAGUUGUGGUUCAGCCAGACCAAAUCGUAGAACUGGAAGAAUCGACCGAAAGUAUUGCCAACUUGGUGUUGGGGGAGGCCGAGUUGAAGACCCUCAGAGCUUUGUCGACGCGACAGAACAGCAAGAGGGACAUAUGGGCUGCCGACUUCAUAGAAGGAAAGGGCACUGGUCAGAUUAUUCUGCUGCAUGGGCCUCCCGGUGUCGGCAAGACAUAUACGGUGGAAGCGAUCGCAGAAUACUUACAUCGUCCACUACUGUCUCUUACUAUCGCCGACAUCGGUACCGUCGAGAAGGAAGUUGAACGUGAGUUGAUAAAAUGGUUUGCAUUAGCUGAAGUCUGGAAUGCGGUUCUUCUGGUGGAUGAAGCAGAUAUCUUCCUGGAGCGAAGGCAAAAUCGAGACCUCGCCAGGAACGGGUUGGUUGCAGCCUUUCUACGCCGCAUGGAAUACUUCAAGGGUCUUCUCUUCCUAACGACCAACCGCGUCGGCCAAAUCGACGAUGCGUUCAUCUCGCGGGUCCACGUGGCAAUCGGGUACCAGGCGCUGACUCCCGAAGUCCGCGUCAAGAUCUGGGAAGGCUUUUUCCGCAAGCUGCUCAAGGAGCGACCCGGUAAGAUCCAGAUCGCCGCGGGAGCGAAGAAGUGGGUGCUAAACAAGGCGGCAUCCGGAGGCGCGCUGCUGAACGGCCGCGACAUCCGGAACGCCCUGCAGACGGCCAUCACGCUAGCCGAGGCCGAGUGCGAGGAGGAUCCAGACUUCGACCCGGAGACGAUGACUGUGGUGGUGGAGCAGGCGCACUUUGAGCGCGUGCUGGAGAUCAGCAAUAAGUUCCAUACUUAUGUGGAGAGCAUCAGGCGUGAGGACGAGAAGAAGCGGGCUGCGGGCCGGUUCGAUAGGAAUGAUUAUUGGGCUGCUCAGCAGGGGGAUGAUGACCGUGAUUAG